AUGGGCUGAGUGUAGCAGGAGCCAGCUGAGGAAUAGGCAGGGCACUCUGUGCAGUAACUAGGUGGAACCCUGACAUGUGCCCUAGUCAGAAGUCACUGAGGAGCUGAGCAUGAUACAUGCCUAAAAAGUGCCAGCACUUGGCAGGUAUGGGAGGAGGAUGAAGAGUUCAAGGUCAUCCUAACUCUUACAAAUCAAUACAUAAGGAGUCUGAAGUCCACUUGUGCCACAUGAAACCUUGUCUUUAAUAAAAGCUAUUGGAGGGCAGCAGGGGUAAUCUGGUCGGUGUGCAUUCUAAGGUACCCCCGUGGGCACGGAGCCAGGUUUAUUGGGAAGAGUGAAAGAGCUGGGACCUAGAGGGCCAGGGACCACCUGGUCUCAAGUGGUGCAUGUGGCAAGUGCAGAUGGGUUCAAGGUUUACUGAUGGACACAAGAUGUGCAGGAGACAGCAACUCGGGUAAAGUAGUCCUAGGCGGGGGAGGUCACUUUGGAGGAGAGAUUGACAUGUGGCUCCGACCCUCUGUAGUUUGAGGAGCCUGCUGGUGUGCCAGGGUCAGGGCCAGGGCAGAAAAGAGUUACAGGCUAGAGGUUCAAGUCUGGAAGUCUCCCUGUAUAUGGCCUGAGUCCAGGGUCCUGGUUUUUCCAUUUCAACUCUACAACCAUAGCACUUCUUAGUGCUGCGCUCAAGAGUGAAUAGCCAUUGCUGUGAAUGAAUGCAUUGAGUGACAGGUCCUUCCAAAGCAAAGUCCCAUUGUCUGUCCAGGGCCAAAGUCAGCCCACAGCUAAGCUAUGGUGUCUCUGUUGUUGCCUGUACAUUUCUUAUGAUGACAUGAGUAGGUAUACCAGAGAAAUGACAAGCUGCCAACCAAGGCUUUACCAGAGAUCCAGUUUUUAAAAACCACACACGGCUAAGCAGGUCUACUCAGGAACUCCUGGUUCCAGAUCCUGCUGGUAAGCCUCAGGCUCUUUUGAUUGGGGUCUCAGCUAAGACUGGAGCUGAGGUGAAGAGAGUUGAAUCCACUCCUGAGAGGACACCAGGUGGCCCUACUCUGUGCCCAUGUCUGAAGCAGAGAAGUAGAAGGGGUGGACCCUGAAGGUGUAACAGCCUGUGGAUGUGCAUGUGUGGAUGUGUUCAUUCUUGCUGUGGGAGUAAGCAUGGGUUCCUUUGUGUGCAUGUGUAAGUGAUCACGUGUGCCUGAGCUCACUCUUCUUUAUGAAUGAGCAUUUGGAUAUGUAAGUUUUGACUUUUUACAUGUGUGGUUGAGUUGGUGAAUAAGUGUAUAUGAGUGUUGGUAUGUAUGAAUAUGUGUAUGCCAGUAUGUGUGUUCACAUGUGUAUUUAUGAAUGUACACAUCUUUGUGUAUACAUUUGUAUCUGAAUGCAUGUGCAUGCAUAUGAGUAUACACUGUGUCUGUGGAUGUACACCUGUGUGCAUAUGAAGGUAACUAUGUUGUAUGUGCAUGCGAAUGUUUGCAUAUAUAAGACACAUAGACACACAUACUUUUGUGUGCAUGUGUGUAUGCACAUGAGGGUGUGUGCCUCUGAUUGCAUACAUGUGGUCCCAAGAGGGGAUUCACAGAUGUGAGGAUGUGGGGGCAUUUCCUCAGGAACCCCGCUGUCCUGCUGGCUGCCCCCUCUUCCUGCCCUGAGGGGAGAGGCCCUAGCUACAUAAAGAGGCCUGGAGCCACCACUCCUGAUGCUGGUCCAUAUCUGCUGCUGCUAACUCCUGGGCCCUGCCAGGGGGAGGGAGCCUGAAGUGGCAGUGUUGAAUGCUUGGGAGACUCCUGCCCUAAACCUUCCCAGGAGCAGGUCCCACCUGCUCGCUCCCAUGACCAACAUGAGCUGGAGCUUCCUGACGCGGCUGCUGGAGGAGAUCCACAAUCAUUCCACCUUCGUGGGCAAAGUGUGGCUCACCGUGCUGGUGGUCUUCCGAAUUGUGCUAACGGCUGUGGGUGGCGAGUCCAUCUAUUCGGAUGAGCAAUCCAAGUUUACCUGCAACACGCGGCAGCCGGGCUGUGACAAUGUCUGCUAUGACGCCUUCGCGCCCCUGUCGCACGUGCGCUUUUGGGUCUUUCAAAUCGUGGUCAUCUCCACACCUUCUGUCAUGUACCUGGGCUAUGCAGUCCACCGCCUGGCGCGCGCCUCGGAGCAGGAGCGCAGGCGCGCCCUCCGUCGUCGCUCCUGCCCCCGGCGCGUGCCCCGGGCUCAGCUGCCACCGCCGCCUCCUGGCUGGCCGGACACCACGGAUCUGGGUGAGGCGGAGCCCAUACUGGCGCUGGAGGAGGAGGAGGACGAGGAGCCGGGGGCGCCCGAGGGCCCCGGGGAAGAUACGGAGGAGGAGCGCGCAGAGGAUGUAGCUGCCAAGGGGGGCGGAGGUGAUGGCAAAACGGUGGUCACUCCUGGCCCGGCCGGGCAGCACGACGGGCGACGGCGCAUCCAGAGGGAAGGCCUGAUGCGCGUGUACGUGGCCCAGCUGGUGGUAAGGGCGGCUUUCGAGGUGGCCUUUCUGGUGGGCCAGUACCUGCUGUACGGCUUCGAGGUGCCACCCUUCUUUGCCUGUAGCCGCCAGCCUUGCCCGCACGUGGUGGACUGCUUCGUGUCGCGGCCAACGGAGAAGACGGUCUUCCUGCUAGUCAUGUAUGUGGUUAGCUGCCUAUGUCUGUUGCUCAACCUCUGUGAGAUGGCGCACCUGGGUCUCGGCAGUGCGCAGGACGCUGUACGCGGCCGUCGGGGAGCCUCAGCGCCGGGUCCUGGCCCUGCGCCGCGCCCGCCGCCCUGCGCUUUCCCAUCCGCCGCCGCCGGUCUGGCUUGCCCUCCCGAAUACAGCCUGGUGGUGCGCGCGGCUGAGCGGGCGCGCGCACACGACCAGAACUUGGCUAACCUGGCCCUGCAGGCACUGCGCGAUGGGGCAGCGGCGGCAGCGGUGGUCGCGGAUCGGGACAGCCCGCCUUGCUCAGGGCUCAAUGCAGCCUCUCGGGGGGCUCCCAGGGCGGGUGGCCCAGCUUCUGGAACCGGUAGCGCCACGUCGGGGGGCACCGUUGGGGAGCAGGGCCGGCCGGGAGCUCAGGAACAGCUGACCACUAAGCCCAGGGCGGGCUCUGAGAAGGGCAGUACAGGCAGUAGGGACGGCAAGGCCACGGUGUGGAUCUGAGGGCACUGGGGAGAGAGCUCAGGGAGGGCCUGGCUUGAGGGGUCAAUGGAAACCUUUAUGUCCUCAGCCGGGACCGCUGACAGACCCCCUAAGGGCUUUUAGAAGAGGAAGCUGAAGACCCUUAAGAGGCGCUGGCUCAGGUAUCUCCCUGCAGGAUGGGAAGGGGAGUCACCCGGGUCUUGUCUGUGGCCCCUGGGGAGGGGGGAGGGGGCAGAGCUGUGUCCCAGGAACUGACUUGACUGCCCCUCCAGGCUGUUAAGCAGAUGACCCUCUCAUCGUCAUCUCUGUCAUCCACUGGGUCUACCAGUCCUUCCUUUUAGGCUCUCCUGCAGCUUCCUCAUAGGAUGGAGAUGUCUGGCAUGAACCUUUUGGGGACUGUGCUUACCCUCACUGCAGGAGCAUAUAGGUUCCCCUACAGCCCCCUCAGCCCUUACAGAGCCAGGGAACUCCCAGGUCCGGGACAAGCAGAUAGAUAGCCUUCAUCUACUACUCCAGCUCUUGGCUCCCUGCUUGAGGCAACUGAAGGAGGCCAGGGCAGAGUACAGCCUCCCUGAGCUGAGGUAGCCUGGCAUGGGCCAUUUCUAGGACAUCCUGGAAGUUCUGUCAUGCCUUGCUGCUUAGAUCCAUAAGGCUGUGGUCCAGGGCUGUGGUUUUGGCCAUGUUGGAAAAUUAGAGCUCUGGGGAGCCUGUACCUAUCUUUUGUGUCCUUCUCCCUGUUUUAAAGCCAACUUCCAGAACAAAUGAAGAAAAUAAAACUAACUUUUUGUUUACA